CCCUAAGCGCACGCGCACUGGCGCACGCCCGCACCCGCCGCAGGUUCCGGGCUUCCUGUUCCGCCUGGACUGAGGGACCGAGGCUGAUGGCGGCGGCCGAGAAGUUGGCAGCGGAAGAGGCUGUGGAGACUGAGAAUCCGGGAGCUCUGAAACCCGGAGCCGCCCCGUUCGGAAAUUUCCCUCAUUAUUCUCGCUUCCACCCUCCCGAGCAAAGGCUCCGCCUUCUACCCCGGGAGCUUCUUCGACAGCUCUUCCCUCCCGAGGGUCCCGAGAGGAGGCCGAUCCUAGGGCUCGACGUGGGGUGUAACUCCGGGGACCUGAGUGUGGCUCUGUGCAAACAUUUCCUUUCCCUGCGUGAUGGGGAGCCCUGCUCAGGUGCCUCCAGAGACCUCCGCCUCCUCUGCUGUGAUAUAGAUCCAGUCCUUGUGGAGCGAGCCGAAAAAGCAUGCCCUUUUCCCGAUGCUCUGACCUUUAUCACCCUGGACAUCAUGGAUCAAAGGAACAGGAAGGUUCCCUUGACUUCUUUCUUAAGCCAGUUUGGACGUUCUGUUUUUGACAUUGUCUUCUGCAUGUCAGUAACCAUGUGGAUUCAUCUGAACCACGGGGACCGUGGUCUGUGGGAGUUCCUGGCCCAUCUCUCCUCUCUCUGUCACUACCUCCUUGUGGAGCCACAGCCCUGGAAGUGUUACCGGGCCGCUGCUAGGCGCCUCCGAAAGCUGGGACUCCAUAACUUUGAUCACUUCAGCUCUCUCACCAUCCGAGGCGAUAUGGCCAGUCAGAUCGUGCGGAUCUUGACGCAGGACCAUGCAAUGGAAUUAGUGCGUUGCUUUGGCAACACCAGCUGGGACCGAAGCCUUCUGCUCUUCAGAGCAAAGCACACUGUGGAGACUCAUCAACCCUGAACCGCUGACAAAAGAGACAGAAAGGAAGAAAUGGGAAUUCUGAAUAGGAGGGCAAACAGGAAGAGCACCAGGGACACAAUGUAACGCUUUCAUACUGAGAAUCGCCUUCACAUCCUGGAGCAAUCGAGCUCCAGACCUGGCAGGAACUUUUGGCAAAGUGUCUGAAGCAAACAACUGAAAGAAUUAGUGUCUGUGUUCCCGAUGUUUGGAUAGCCCCUGAGGGGAAUGAAUUCAGAGAGCAGUGAGCUAGACGUCUGGAUGGAGAUUGUCCUGGGGAGUGAAACUGCCUUUGAAAGCUGUCUUGUUUGCUGGGGACCAAAGUUAGGGUCUUGUGUGUGCUAGUCACAUAGUCUACCCCCAAGCUACACCCCCAGCUCUGUGGGGUGUUUAUAAAAGUCAGACUGGGUUAGUAGACUGUGUCUUCUAUUUACUUAUUUUUACUUUAUGUGCAUUGGCAUUUUGCCUACAUGUAUGUCUGUGUG